AUGAAGGACUUCAUCAGAGACUCGACAUUUGGUCAGAUUGUCCGCCUCCUGACCCACAGCAAAGUUUUCCUGUAUCCCGAAGAAGAGCCCAAUUUCAAAUGUCCCAAAGGCUAUGGCGACAAUACAGAUCUGCCAGAAGCGAUUGUCAGGGAGAGAAGUCGAUCGUUCUUCUCGACCGCCAACAAUCCCCACACCUCCUAUGUCGACAGUGACGAAACAAACAGCGUAUCCGAACGGAAAAGCGAAGAGCAAUCUCCAGAUGAGAACACAGAGAGUUCCAGGAACAUUGAUCUUGAGAGAGCGAAUACAGGGAGCCUUGCGCGCACAAAGAGUCGACCAAUCCUGCCAUCUAAGUCAGCGGAUGGUACAAUCCUGGUGGAUUGGUACGUGACGGAUGAUCCCGAGUAUCCCCAAAACUGGAGCACCGGCAAGAAGCUUUACGUUGCUUUUCAGAUCCGCAUCUAUUCCUUUACAGUCUAUGUUGGAUCAUCUAUCUACUCACCUGCCCUCGGAGGUGUGAUGGAUGAGUUCAAUGUCAGUGCUGUGACUGGUCUUCUAGGCUUGGCGUUGUAUGUUCUUGCAUAUGGUGUGGGCCCAAUGCUCUUUUCUCCCUUGAGCGAGAUACCUGCUAUUGGUAGAACUCCCAUAUACGUCUGGACUUUCGUUCUCUUCGUCAUCUUGCAGAUCCCAACUGCGCUGUCGGAUAAUUUUGCUGGAUUGCUGGUCCUUCGAUUUCUGGCAGGCUUCUUCGGCUCCCCAUGUUUAGCUACUGGAGCAGCUACUUUCCAGGACAUGUACGCUAUGGUGAAAAUGCCACAUCUAUUGGCUUUCUGGGCCGGUGCAGUAACACUAGGUCCAGCCCUAGCUCCCAUCAUCGCCGGCUUCAGUAUAUCAGCCAAAGAUUGGCACUGGUUUACCUGGGAAGAGCUCUGGCUAUCCGGCCCGAUAUGUCUCAUGAUGUUCAUGUCGCUCCCGGAAACCUCAGCGUCGAACAUCCUCCUUCGACGGGCUCGCCGGCUUCGAAAACUCACCAACAAAUCCAACCUAAGAUCACAGUCUGAGAUAGAUCAGGCAGACAUGAUACCCAGCGAUGUGGCAUAUGACGCGCUGAUUAAACCGUGGCAGAUCAACUUCCUGGAUCCUGCUGUGGCCUUCACAACUGUUUACACUGCACUCGUGUACGGUAUCUUCUACUCUUUUUUCGAAUCUUUUCCUUUGGUCUUCCCGGUCAUGUAUGGCUUCAAUCUCGGAGAAUCUCAAUUGCCAUUCUUGGCAGUUGUUAUCUCACUGUUGUUCUGCGUACCACCGUAUUACUAUUACUAUUACUACAUCGUCGAGCCUCAAGUCAAGAACAGGGGCUUUGGUCCACCUGAAGAGCGAUUGAUCCCUGGUCUCAUAGCUACCUUUUUCGUACCCGCUGGUCUGUUUCUGUUCGCAUGGACAUCCAAUCAUUCAAUCCACUGGAUUGCCCCGACUAUCGGAGUGUUCCUCGUAAUGAUAGGUUGCUACACGAUCAUGCAAGCCAUCUUCCUCUACUUGCCCUUCACUUAUCCCCAAUACGCUGCAUCGUUGUUUGCUGCAAACGACUCUGCUCGAUCGGCAUUCGCGGCUGGAGCGACGGAAUUCUCGGGUCUAAUGUUCCAUAAACUAGGCGUCACGAGGGGCUGUAGCUUGCUGGGUGGGUUGACCGUCGGGUGUACGGUAUUGUUCUACUGUUUGUUUUAUUUUGGGGCGGCUUUGAGGAAAAGGAGUAAGUUUGCUGUUAAGUGA